AUGCAAUGCACCUACCUAUGUCAUCAUAUGGCAGGCCUCAAGGAAGACUUAUUUAUUAUCUUGGCCGGUAAUUGUCAUUGCAAGACAAUAGAAUUGAGGCGAUAUCGUUCAAUAGUUAGUAACUUGUUAUUGGUACACUGGUAUACUGGUGACAGGCAGGUAGGUAUUGCAUAUGUGUAUGCACCAACGAAAGUCCCUGCCAAAACAGUCGGUUGCUCCCAUGUCAUACUUCAUAGUUCGAAACAGGCUGGCAGAAGAUGGGGGGGAGGGGAGGGGGGGAAGUCUUCUUUCCGAGCGCCAUGGCAAUCAAUUCGAUUCAUGUUGAACUGCCGUGGUGAAGCGGGUAUUUCUGCGAUGUAG